CAUGAUAUAAGUAGAAUGCCUUGAAAAGRAAAGGUUUAUAGUCCCAUAAUGUCUGUGGCAUUCACUCAAGAAGGACGGUCAAAUCCAAAUACUCAAUCCGUACAAGCGCUUCUAGACGAAAACUCGCAGCUAAUUCAGGCCAUUGUGGACUAUCAAAACAAAGGAAAAGCAUAUGAGUCAACAAGAUACCAACAGUUGCUCCAUCGAAACCUAGUAUACUUGGCAACGUUAGCUGAUUCUAGCCAGCCCAACCAAGGCUCACAGAGCGCUAGUCAAGGGGCAAAGCCUUUGAAUUCUGUCUCGCCACCUGUCCACAAUCAAGGACCACCCCCACCAGUACCAGGCCCAAUGAUGCCAGACACAUCAAACAUGUCAAAUAAUGAUCCAAUGGCAUCAUCUUCCCAAAACUACCCAGGCCUGGGCUCACAAGGUGGUAGUAACUAUGGUAACUUACCAGGAACUCCAUCACCACCACAACUACARCACCCACCAGUCUCUGGUUCAAAUGUUGGUAUGGGUUACCAAUCACCUAGCAGUCAGGUUCGUUCACAAGGGCCAGCUGGGAUGGUUGGCAGUAUGCAGAGUAUGAACCAGCAGUCCCAGAUGCCGAGGCAUUCAUCUCARAUGCCUCAACACAUGAUGUCACAAGGUCAACAAAAUCAGCAAUUUCUGCUACAGCAACAGCAACGCCAAAUGCAAUAUCGACAAACACCUCCUCAGCAGGGCAAUCCACAACAGCAACCAAUGUCAGGACCAACUCCAAACACCUACAGCCAACAACAAUCUAGCAACAUGAUCCCUGGUUACCAACAGCAACAGCAACAAAGAUACAACCCUUAUAGACCACAACCACAACCACAACAGCAAACACUAUCACACAUGCCAUACCCACAGCAACAGAAUCAAAUGGUCAUGGGGCAGGCACCUAUGUCAAGAGGUGGUCAGAUGCCAAUGGGACAGUCAGGGUUGGGUGCUGGGAUUGGACAGACAGUUCACUCWCCAAUGGGACAGCCACCUGUGUGAUUUUAGAUCUUUGCUUCAUACACUGUAGACAAAUAGACAACAAGUAAAGGCUGUCCAUACCUAAGAAAUAUGUAUUGAAAAGUAACUACAGAAUAUGGAUACACCUACAAGCAAAACAGUUGUMAUUGUAGAUAAGUACAGUAAAUGUUUGUGAUAUAUAAAAAUAUGGAGAAUAAUACAUGGCCAUGCAGAGUUACAAAUUUUCCAGUGUUCAUUUGAUACCUCAUGAGUGAGCCCAGAAAGCAAGUGAGAACAUGAUAAGAUAAAAAUUCUUUAUGAUUCAAUGUUCUAUUUGUUAUAUCUUAGAUAUUGAUAAAUCUAAAAAGGAAAAGAUCAUAAAUUCUCUGGGAAAAUAGGCAACCAGGUUUCUGUUACUAUGUCCAAAGCAUUAUCUUCACAUGUGAAAGAUAAGAUAUCUUCCACAUAACAAGUUUUCAACAGUAGAGAAAUCCUGGUGUUUCAUUGAUAUCUAUAUAAUAAAKAGUAUCUACACUUUA